UCCCCUCACGCAUACACACAAAACACAGUCUACACUACAGUUUUACUGUAUUUUUUUCCACCACUUUCGUUUCUUAGAAAAUAUUAAACGCGAAUGUUCAAUGCGCAGCAGCUUCUGCUGCAACCGGAAGCGAAAGGGAAACAGUAUUUAUUAUAUUUAUUGUUAUCGUUUUAAGUAAUUUUACGAUGCAUUAAUUUGUCAUGUACGUUUAGCUACAUGGGUCUGUCAAUUUGAAAUAGCUACUACUGCUCAUACCGUAAAGAGAAAAUAGUCUUCUGCAGGGUUUUACUUGCUAGGAACAACAAACAUAUCUGCAGAUUAGGAAGUAAGUAUUCUGCUGCAUAAUCGUUUUACACAGUCUUUGAAUUGGCGAAGAACAGUGCAUUUCUAUUAGCGAUAGCCACUACCGAAAACGGAAACGUCUUUGCGGGAAGGCAUUGUGAUCUUGGGGUGAUAAUAUAGCCACUGUUCUGCGUAACAUAGAUAGGCUACUGCUUUAAGUGUUUCUUUUGCGACUUUACAGCUAACUGUGAGUCGUGUCGAAAUAAAAAGAGGAAAUUCCGGUCGUCGAGUUGCCUACAUCAGAAAAUCAUAAUAUGGUUCCACUCAAGUAUGGCGGGUGGUGAUCUGUAAAUUGCAAUGAUAAACCAAUAGAAGUAGGAGGGAGGGCGAUUAUUAUGAGAGGUUUGCACUUUAGCUACAGUACAAAACAACAUAUGAUUUAAUGGCGAGUGUUGUUUAACCUCUCGCAGCUAGACGCAAAGGAAAUGUAUACACAUAUAAGGAACAAUGACGUGAUAUGUUGGCGGCUUUUUGCAGAAACGAUGGCACCCGAAAUCAAAAAUGAAGAAAAACCGAUAGACUCAGAUAAUUAUAAAGCGGACAUAACACGUAGUAGUGGUUCCUCGUUAAAAUCGCUUCGCGGUUUCUCCCUUUACUACCAUUUUUAAUUGCACGACAUUAGUUGUAAAUGCGUGUAUAUUAACCCAAAAUAAAGGAAAACGGCAACCCAGGAAAAGGUCAAGAGACGAACACAUUAUUAAUAUAGUAAGGCAAGUACUCGUACCAUGUCUGGGGACAGCUCGGGAAGCAGUGGGGAGGAUUCUGGCGGAGAGGUGCGGGAAAAUACCUGCACUGUCAAACACCAACUCACCAACGCUAACCUUACAGGACACACUGAGAAGGUGGGAAUGGAGAAUUUUGAACUACUCAAGGUGCUGGGAACUGGAGCCUAUGGGAAAGUGUUCCUGGUGAGAAAGACCAGCGGUCACGAUGAAGGGAAACUCUAUGCCAUGAAGGUGCUGAAGAAAGCGGCCAUCGUGCAGAAGGCGAAGACGGCCGAACACACUCGCACAGAGAGGCAGGUGCUGGAGCACAUCCGCCAGUCCCCCUUCCUGGUCACGCUGCACUACGCCUUCCAGACCCACGCCAAGCUGCACCUCAUCCUGGACUAUGUGAGUGGAGGGGAGAUGUUCACUCACCUGUAUCAGCGCGACCACUUCACAGAGGAUGAGGUGCGGAUAUACAUUGGUGAGAUCAUCCUGGCCCUGGAACACCUGCACAAGCUUGGCAUCAUAUACCGGGACAUCAAACUAGAGAACAUCUUGCUGGACAGCGAGGGGCAUGUGGUGCUGACAGAUUUUGGCCUGAGUAAAGAGUUUCUUGAUGAAGAGAAAGAGAGGACCUACUCAUUCUGUGGGACAAUCGAAUACAUGGCUCCGGAGAUCAUUCGGGGGAAGUCUGGUCAUGGGAAGUCGGUGGACUGGUGGAGUUUAGGGAUCCUCAUGUUUGAGUUUCUGACCGGGGCAUCUCCGUUCACACUGGAGGGGGAGAAGAACUCGCAGUCUGAGGUGUCCAGGCGUAUCCUGCGCUGUGACCCCCCGUUCCCCUCCGAAAUCUGCCCCCUGGCCCGGGACCUGCUGAGGAAGCUGCUGGUGAAGGACCCCCGCAAGAGGCUGGGCUCUGGGCCCCGCGGGGCGGACGACAUCAAGGGCCACCCUUUCUUUAAGAGCCUGAGCUGGUCCGAUCUGGCCGAGAAGAAGCUGGAGGCUCCGUUCCGGCCGGAGCUCCGCAGCGAGCUGGACGUUGGGAAUUUCGCGGAGGAAUUCACCGGGAUGGAGCCCGUCUACUCCCCCGCCAGCACCCCCCCAAGCACCGACCGGCUGUUCCAGGGCUACUCUUUUAUUGCUCCUUCCAUUCUGUUCAACCGGAACGCCGUGAUGGGAGACUUCCUGGAGUCCCAGAUGAGUCCGGAUCGGCCGGGAUCGGCCAGCGUGGAGCGCAGUGCCAUGUUAAAGGACUCCCAGUUCUUCCUUCAGUACGAGCUGUGUCUGCAGGAGCCUCCGCUGGGCGAGGGCAGCUUCUCCGUCUGCAGGAAGUGCCGGCACAAGCAGACGGGGCAGGAGUACGCCGUGAAAAUCGUCAGCCGCAGGAUGGAGGUGAACACCCAAAGGGAGAUCGCAGCACUCAGACAGUGCGAGGCGCACCCCAAUACCGUCAACCUGCACGAGGUUUACCAUGACCAGUACCACACCUACCUGGUGAUGGAGCUGCUGCGCGGGGGGGAGCUCCUGGAGCGCAUCAAGAGGAAGAAGCUGUUUGCCGAGGGGGAGGCCAGCCAGCUGAUGAGGAGCCUGGUGUCAGCCGUCAGCUUCAUGCACGACGCCGGGGUGGUGCACAGAGACCUGAAACCUGAGAACGUUCUGUUUGCGAGCGAGGGGGAGGAUGCGGUGCUGAAGGUGAUAGACUUUGGGUUUGCGCGCCUGUGUCCCGCGGGCAGUGCCCCGCUGCAGACCCCCUGCUUCACCCUGCAGUACGCCGCCCCAGAGCUCUUCCACAGCACCGGAUACGACCAGGCCUGCGACCUCUGGAGCCUGGGGGUCAUCCUGUACACCAUGCUGUCUGGACAAGUGCCCUUCCAGAGUGAACCGAAAGGAACCGCCUCUCAUGCCGCUGACAUCAUGCAUAAGAUCAAGGAAGGAGACUUCUCAUUGGACGGAGAGGCCUGGAGGGGUGUGUCCGAGGAGGCCAAGGAGCUAGUGAGAGGCCUGCUGACGGUGGACCCAGAGAAGAGGCUCAAGCUCUCGGCCCUGCGGGAGAACGAGUGGCUCCAGGGCGGGGGGACCCUCUCCUCCACCCCCCUGCGCACGCCCGACGUGCUGGAGUCCUGCGGCCCCACCGUCCGCACCUACGUGAACGCCACGUACAAGGCCUUCAAUAAGGGCAAGAGAGAGGGCUUCUUCCUGAAGAGCGUGGACAAUGCCCCCCUGGCCAAGAGACGCAAGCUGAAGAUGACCAGCACCGGGGUGGAGACCCGGCGCAGCUCUUCCUCCUCCUCCUCUUCCUCCUCCUCAUCAUCGCUCCCUGCUCACCCUCCUCCCCCCCCGCCUCCCCCAGCCAAUCCCAAAGCACUCCCCGGCCCCACCUCCGAGCCCAAAGCGCAGAGCUAGGGCGAGACUGAGCUCCCUCACACACACACCGCCGUGUGCUGAGAGAGGGAGGGAGGGAGGGAGAGCGGAGACGCACACACACCGCCGCAUGCUGGGAGAGAGAGGGAGGGAGGGAGAGCAAAGACGCACACACGCUGUGCCCCGGAGAGCCAGCGACUGAACCACAGGACUUAAGAAGCCAUAGAGAGGAGGAGGAGGGACUGAGUUUGGAUCCCGCUCCCCAGAAUCCCUGUACGAUAGAUCAAACACCCCAAUCCCCCACAGAGUCUUUCUGCCCCAGCCCUGUUCAGCCCUGUUCAACCCUGCCCCUGCAGGGCCGUUGUCCAUAACUGCCGCUUUCCUGCUGGAGCCGGGCUGGAGUGAGCUGUGAGGCCGAGCUGGCUCACAACGGCACAGCACGACGUUACAAACCAGAGCACAGCUAAUUCUGCCCUCGCUCACUUCCAAACACUGCCAGGAUUUUGUUCCAAAGGUGAGGCCAGAGCUAUUGGCUCCCAAAUUACAUUACAUUACAUUACAUUUUAGCUUACGCUUUUUUAUCGAAAGUGACUUACAGUUGAUUAGACUAAGCAGGGCACAAUCCGCCCUUGAGCAAUGCAGGGUUAAGGGCCUUGCUCAAGGGCGUAACAGCUGUGCGGAUCUGCGCAGCAGGCUGCCCCAAAAUAAAAUGUGGGGUAUUCUGUGAUCAAAAAUGGGGAUGUACCCCUCUUCCCCCUUACGUGGUUCCACCCUAUGCUCUUUAAGUGGCCGUGCCAACAGAAGUGUUAGCGCCCCGCUGGCUCGACCCACAGCCGGCCCGGCCCACAGCUGGCCCGGCCCACAGCGAGCGCUCCUGGCCCGGAAGGCUCUGGGGGUGGAGCGUCUCUCGCCCCUGAUGGGAACCCACGCAGGACUGCGACUGAAUGGGCUGGCCUGGUUCCAGCGGCUCACACACGCUCUGCCAGGGCCGGGCCACUUCAUCCCCCUCUCUGAGUCACACUGAGGAGGGCUGGAGGGGGCCAGGCCUUCAGCAGAGAUCCAGAGAUCUCUGAGCGACGUGCUUCUCCCAGCAGAGACUCAUCAGCAAGCCCCGUCACUGAACAGCUCUUACACACCACGCAGAGGAGCGCAGAACACGGCCACGCCGCCCUCUGAGAGGUGUGCUGGUACAGAACGCAGCCAAAAACACCCCCACCCCCAACUCCAGCCAAAGUGUCUUUAUGGAGCCCUCUCCACUGUGAUUGACCUGAGGGAAGGGGGCUCAGUGGGACCCCCAAGGGCUUUUGAUCACACUGUAGUGAUUCUCACACUUCUCCACCAGAGACCAAAAAAUGUCUCAUCACCAUUUACUUUGAGGGUAAAACCAGCCAUUCCAGCAAAAGAUAUAAAUAUUUGAUCACAUAUUUUAUUUCUAUUUCACUGACGGUAUAUGUUUUUUUUUUUUUUUACAACGCAGGAUUCAAACACUGAUCAUCGCAAAAUAGGCUGCGGAUGUUUUCCUAGACACGGCAUUAAGUUACUUUAAGGGAUUUAUUCGAUUUUACAUUUUGUCCUGGAGCGUCUGGGUCCUGACCCCCCCCACUUAGAGCCAGACUCAGUGCAGACCGACCUCUAUUCCCAGUAAUAACGUGAGAUCCCGGUGCGGAAACUGUGAAAGAGUUGUGCUGUGGAUUCCUUUAAUCCUGGCUGCAGUGGGAUCAGGGCAAACCGGAGCACUGAUUCACAUCCUUCUUUAAAUCACUUUUUUUUGCUUUGGAAAUUGCAGCACAUUAUUUAAUGCUUUCACAUUUUCAGCUUUAAACACAGGAUAUUUCCCUGAUGAUGUUUUUAUGGCUUUUUGGGAUAUUUUCUGCUGAAUUAAUAUAAUAAUUUCUGUUGCUGUAAUGGGUUUUCCAAAUAUGUAUAGCUGACUGGGAGGAAUGACAGCCCUUUAUACUGUGUGUGGAACUGGGUGUGGUGAGACCAGCGGUGUUCCCACACUGUCGCUGUGCUGGGUGGAGAUGUAGUGCUGUAAAACUGCAAAAACAAAAUACAAAUCUGAAAAUGCAUGAUUUAGUCACACCUGCCACGCACAGCCCCAAAUGGAAAGCUCAUUACAAAAUUCAGUUCUUUGAACUAUUUCUGUCAUACUUUAUAUCAUAUUUUGUCUUCAGUUAAAACGUGGAAGCACCAGAUCCAAUGGAAUGUAUUUGAUUUAUUAUUAAUAUGCCAGUUAUUUUCAGUUUGGUUGUUUUUCGCUGUUAGUUUGUCUGUGUGAUAAUUCUUAGUUGCAUAUUUUAAAUGUUUUUAAAUGUCGUGAUCCUUGAGGAGGAAAUGUACUGCAAGAGACACACAUCAUGUGUUUUACGAACAGCCAAAAAGGUUCUGUUUAAAUGAAAUCAUCAUAUACAGAAUUGCAUUGAAUUGUGAUAAAUGAUGUUAAUGCCUUUUGUUAUUUUGCAUCAAGAACUUUUAAUAUCAGAACUUUAAUAUAAUGUCACGAUGGGUCUAUCUGAUAUGUUAUUGAUGUGUUAAGUAUUUUAACCAAAAUGGGAAAAAAAAUUAAAAUGUUUGGGUAAUUUUUAAAUAUUUUGUCUGCCUUCAUUGUUAGCAAGAAAUUGUUAUUAGUUUGGAGCUUAUUAAUUAUGGGCAUGCCGAGUUCAUGCAAUAUUGCAUUCUAUGUGGAGAUGCUUGUUAAGGAAUAUUUCAUAGUAUUUGUUUAGUGAAUUUUCAGAACAGUAAAUGUCAUUCUAAUCAGAACAAGUAACGUUAACAAACUACAAUGAACAAUGCUCAAACCCUUUUCAGCCUACUAAUCUGCCUAGUGAUGAGUAUAUGUUGUCUGAAGUGAAGCUGCAAUGUACAGCAAGCAAUCUGUAAAAAAAAGAAGCCAGGUCAUUGCCUAGUGCGAGUAAAAAGAUGGCAUAUUUCUUA